GAUGAGAAAUUAUUUUGCAUGCAAUCUCUGGACUGUGCAUCAAAAGAUCUUGUGAAUGUGGCCGGCAGCGCACCGUCACUGAUUGAGCAGAUCAACGGAGGUAUUUUGGGUUUGUGUAAACCGCGAACCGAAUCAUCACCGUGCACCAUAUAUCCAUUCAUUGAAACAGUAACAUUUUUUGACAGCGCCUCCGGUCGUAUCAACUGCCCAACCGAUCAGCAGGUAUUGUACGAUAUCGAGCCGUAUCUUCAGCUUUGCAUUGUUUCAAACGAAACGUCAAAUUUCUUCCCGGAUGCGACGCUUUUCUCACAGUAUGUGCUCCAUCAGCGAUAG